AUGAAAUACGUGUCGUCGACAACAAUAAUAACCGAUAAUAUAGUGGAUAUAAUACCGACACCACCAACAACAACAACAACAAGGUUUAACAGUACAUCAUAUAUAAGCAAUAAUAAUAAUAAUAAUAAUAACUACCUGAGCCAUAGUAGAAGAUAUCGACGACCAUCACCACCACCACCAACACCAUCGCCAACACCAUUGAGUUCAAUGUCAGCUAAAAUGUGUCUACUAUUGGCUAUUAUAUUGUCGGUGACCAGUAUUGGCGAAAGUAUCAGUAUUAUUGGCGGCGGCGGUAAUAGUGGCGGCAGUGGUAUAGUCGAUGAUGGGGGUAUACCGUUGGUGAUGAUGGGGAGUACGGGUGCUGGUGGUGCAGGUGUUUUACCUCAACAUCAUCAUCGUUCAGCAGCAGCCGUCAUCGGCCGUCAAUAUGAUGGUACAGCUGAUGAUCCCAUAGCCAACGCAAUCAAUACAAUAAUAGCCAAACGUAGCCAAUCAUCGGCUGGUCAUCAUCAGCAGGCAUUGCCUGAAUGUAUGGAUGAUAAGUCAGUGUGCGGUUACGUUCAACUCAAUAAUAUGGGCAUCAGUUGGCAACCGAUAUGCCGGUGCCGUGGAGGAGGACAUGGAGGUAGUGGUGGUGGUGGUGGUGUCCAGUGCCCGAUGAUGUGGAAUCCGAUGGACGGCCGUACAAUAUCCCAUGGCAAUGAUCAGUAUAAGUACUGCAAUCGGGCACCUAUACUCAAACACUGUGGCAAAGAUGAUAUAGUCUAUACAAGCUAUUUGGAGACCAGUUAUCUGACAAUGGAUAUCAAUGUUAAUACCAAUCAUAUACACUGUCAGUGUCCGGGCCAUCAUCUGUUUGUACGUAACGGUACAACAUUUGACGACAUUGACGACACUACAGCUAUUAUUGCCACACAAUACCAGUGCAAAACCCCCCCGGUGUGCAGUCUAGCCGAAGCCUGUAUGGGUAUAACAGAGUCUCCUCACUCCCGGUUCGUUACCCGUAACUGUGUCUGUCCUUUGGGUACCUUUUGUCCAACUGAUAUACGACUGGCCGCCGAAAGGGUUGACCUGAAUAGAGGCGCCUAUUAUAUCAUGAAUUGUAUCUAA